CCUGUUUCCUUAACUUAGUGUGGCAUAAACAUUGUGCUUGAUAUAGUAUCUGACUGGUCGUAGUACAAUGUUAGAACAAUAAGAGAAACUACCAGUUGAGACACUGCAACCGCAUGAAACCGAUUUACAUCCCGUUGUUCUGUUGGUCAUACUCCUUCUGGACAGUGUUGUUGGUGUGUGUGUUACACGGGUCGGCGAACAAGUCGGUGAAAAUCAAUUAGGGUUUGUUUCAUUAUGAUCACAUAAAACACGUUUCGUAGUUCAUUGGUUGGCUUAUAUAGUACAGAAUCAUUUUAAUUAUGGAAGGAAUCGGAGGAGAAAUUAGUUCAAAAAUUCGAGCUGCCAUAAAAUCGAAGCUGAUGGAAAUGGGAGCGUAUGUAGAUGAAGAGCUACCAGAUUAUGUUAUGGUGAUGGUGGCAAACAAGCGCAGCAAGUCUCAGAUGGCCGACGACUUGCAGCUUUUCCUAGGAAAAAGUACUGAACAGUUCACAAACUGGCUACAGCAAGUACUGAGCAGGCUACAGGAGGUAGCGGCCGUAAACAGUAAAACAUUAACAGAUACUAAGAAAGUUCAGAGUCGGAUUUCAUCAGACGAGGCUGCCCACAAGGUGAAGUCUGCCUCUAAGCUCAAAUGUGAACAGGUGACCAAGCCCAAACCGGAGCACCCUCAAGACAGAGCCGGCAGCCACCGCUCCGAGAAGAAGCACACUGGAGUUGCCAUCAGUGGUGGUGGUGGUGGUGGUGGUGGCAGCAGCGGCACCAAAAAAGACCGCAGAAAUGGCAGUAGUGGCAGUGGGGCUGCCACAGAGAAGAGCAAGAGGGUGGCCGACGGCAAGGCACCUGAACCGGCCUCAGCAAAAACAAAGAUUGUUCUGAUGAACAGUGACGAUGAUGAGGAAGACUUCAUUAACAUCAAAGCUGAUGCUGAAGCAGAGGCCUUGUUGAAAGCAGAACUGCCCGCAUCUGCUAAGCGACUGCAGACGGUGGCGGUGGCGGUGACAGUUAGGGGUGCGGAGACUGCUCAGAGGCAGAGCUGCACGUCGCCAGAGGCUGCGGCGAGAGCGGAGCCGCGGCAGCGGCAGCUCGGUGCCGCCGCACCUGUCGUGAACGCAGUCUCUGCACGGGACGUGACUGCAGCUGUGGCACACAGUACGAGCGGUGCGCGGAAGGUCCGGCCGACAGUGCGCCGGGUUGUGACUGCGCCGGCCUCGGUUGUCGCCGUGGCGACAAAGAGGUCUGCGGGCGAAGAGGACGGCAGAGGCCCGGCAAAGAGGGCCGCCGUAUGCAUCAGCGAGGAGGCUGUGUCGAAGAGGAGCCUGGCCAGCACCGUGGGCGUGACCGACAGGCUAGGAGUGCGGCCGAGUGGAGGCCCGAGUAUAAAGGACAGGCUGGGUACGAGAGGUGCCGUAGCCGUCGCUGCUGCCGCAUCGGCGUCUGACGAGCCGGUGAGCAGGCCGGGCGCGAGGAAUCCCACAGCUGCAGCCAGAGAGCCCCGUCCCGGCGGUGGCAAGGUGACGGACAGGUUGGGGCCGAGGCCCACCGGCAGUGGGACUGCCAUUGCCCCAGAAGGGUCAGUCACGAAGUCCACCGCCACUGCGGAGAGCGGCGGACUGCCGACCAGACUGAGGGUCGCAGACAGGCUGGGCACGAGGAGGGGUGACGCGGCAAGGGAGGCCGGUACGUCCAGGAAGAGAGCAGCAGAGGGAGGCAGAGACUCUCUGCCUGAGGUAGCGGCAAAAAGACCGGCGGCGGAGGGUCCGGGCAGCCGGCUGGCACGGCGGCUGCGCGAGUUGGCCGAGGGCCCCGGCGGCGGCAGUGCGAGGGUGGCCCACGUGCCUCCCAACAACAUCCGGCAGGGUGGCACCGGCACCGGCUCUGGCACCGGCCACGCGGACUGCAGGCCGUCAGUAAACUCGCAAGUGGUCCCGACGGGAGCUCGCGAAUCGGCGGCGGAGAACCGCGACGUGGAGGGCGAGGUGGUGCCCGCGGUAGCACUGCCGUCAGUGGUUCGCGUCACACCGCGGCCGCGGCUGCCCGCCUCCAUGCAGGCCAACAAGAACCUCCUGCUGAAGGCAGUCGCAGAGGCCCAGCGCAGUGUCGCUGCGGCAGCAGCAGCUCCGGUCGUCGCGUCUGCCUCCGGCACCGUCCCGUCCGCCGUCUCGACAGUGGCUGCACGGCACAGGGUAGAGGGGCGGCGAGUUGCAGUCCGGCACAGAGUGGGAUCUCACCGGGAAGAGGAGGAAGAUGAGCGAGAACAGGAGGCAGAGGAUAACUACAGGGACGAGGCACUCCAGAAUCCAGAAGGCAUAUUCACUCGAUGCUUCCUAAACAGGGAGAACUUUGCUGUAACGGUAUCAAAUGAAUCAGGAGCCGUGGGAGACUCAGAGGAGGACGAGCAGUUCGACGACGGGCGACGGCGCGACUGCACGCUGCGCGAGCUACGCGGAGCCGCGAGGCAGAGGCCGGUAGUGACCACUGCCGGCAAAUCCGCGAAGGCCUUCAUGCCCGCUGACACACCACAGCAAAUAACCAUCCAGCUGUCUCCCGAGGGCAGUCGCGACGGUGACUCCUCUUCGGAGCGCGAAGAUGAAGAGGUGGCCGAAAUACCGCCACACUCGUCAGCAGGGAAGGACGACACGAGAAGCUACGACGGGCAGCCGGUGUUCGAGGAUGAGGACGAGGAGGAAGAGGGGGGGGGGCGUGGCGACAGUCGCUGCCGUCAGACCGACAGUCGUCACGACAGUGCCCCACAUGGACAUGGAGCCUGUUGCACGUCCAAAUCCGCAGUUUGUUGUUACAUUGGAUGGAUUGGACGUUUCCAUGUUUCCGAAUGCCGGUACGGACGAUGACGAGGGGCCGGCAGAUCCAGGGUGUCCUGUCGACCGAGACGUCUCGAAAGUGGACUCUGGCAGCAGUGGUGUGGGACGUUCUGUGGGCACACCAUCCACUGGCAGGGCGACCAUUGUACAGAGGGUGGAGCCGCGCCUCCGGC